AUGUCAUCUGCUGGUCCACAACAAGUCCUCCCAACCACCGUUGCCGCUCUCAUUGCCAACAAGGGUUCCCCAUGCAUCUACAACGGUUCAUUGAACGUUGUUGCUUCCUCUGAGUUUGAUGCCAACCAUGGUCCCCAGCACUGCGUCCUCAACUCUGUCAACCCACGCCCAACCAUCGGUGCCUCCGCCUGGUGUGUCGGUGCCAACGAUGCCAACCAGUACAUCGUUGCCAGCUGCGACACCCCAAGAAUGUUCACCGGAAUUGCCACCCAGGGUCGUGCCAACGAGUACAACCAAUGGGUCACCUCCUACACCAUCCGUUACACCCAGGACAACGUCACCUGGUACAACCUCAUUGGCGGUGCCAAGAUUGCCGGUAACUCCGAUGCCAACACCGUCGUGGCCUACUCCUUCGAGCCACCCAUCUACGCCACCUCGAUCGCCCUCCACCCAGUGACCUUCAACACCCACAUGUCCCUCCGUUGGGAGUUGUACCACCUCCCAUUGAACACCUUCCCAUCCACCCAGAUUGGAUCCGUCAGCAUUGGCAACCGCGACCUCAACGCUGUCGUCCCAGGCACUGCCAGCCCAAGAACCGCCACCCGCCAGGUCACCUUCCCAAAGGCUUUCCUCUCUGCCCCAACUGUUGCCCUCUGCCUCCGUCACUUGGACGCCAACUCCCCAAGCAGCCCAUGCUACACCACCCGUAUCCAAUGCACUGCUAGCAACAUCACCACCACUGGUUUCACCUGCACCUUCACUACCUGGGCUGACUCCAACGUGUACGACGCCACCUGCGACUUCGUCGCUGAGGAUGGAAUCAAGAUGCAAACCGUCCUUCCACAGAACACCGUCUCCACCGCCUUCCCAUAA